AUGAGCAUCGUUGCAGCCAAGUCGCCACAAAAGACGUACACGUUGGUGGACAAGAAGCCCUUCUUUAAGCAUUUUUACCCCAAAUAUCUAGCUCUUCUAGCCAUAAGAUCUACGGCCACGCAGGGUCUUAUGGUCUUAAAUGCAUACGUGGCUUCACUGGAUCUUGAAGUCUCGGACGAGGAGGAAUCGAGUGAAGACGAACUUGAAGACAUAGAUGCUGUGGAAAAGGAAGAGUUUGUGGCUCCUAGUAUGGAGGAAUUUAGUACUGCAAGUGCCCAGUCAUUUUUCAAGUCGCUCAGUAUUACCACGUACCUGCGCUCUCUUGAGGAAGUUGCGUUGCGCUUGUUUCGUCCACAGAUCACCAGUAAACUCAUUAAAGACAUUAGCAAGUCAUCGAUGCGCAAGUAUGCGCGCACGUCGAGCAAGAUCACGUCGGCGGCAUUAAUGAUCAAAACCGGUAUGCGGGCCAACAUGUUGAGCCAUCUUGCCAUUUUUUUGGUCGAGGAGACUCAGCAACUCGUCGUCAUUCUCUACCGGUACUUUGUCUCAAGGAAAAGAGGCAGCAAGUAUAAGAAGAAUCUGCGGUCAAUUGAGGAGGGCAUACAUAGUAAUGGAAGUGGCAACGAGGAAGACACGAUCUCAGCUUUCAUGUCCGUAACGGGCCUCAAUGCCUCUCGCUCCGCACUAGCCAUCAUCACAGGUGGUAUCGGUGCUGCCAUGGGCACGGCAGUGCGACCUGGUGUUGGUACAUUUAUUGGCGGUACACUAGGUGAUUCCGUCGCGUACGUGUUGUUUUAG